UGUCCCUCAACCCAACAACCAAUAGGAUCAUCUGUACUGGAAGCUCUGGGGGUUUUGUGAAUGUGCCAGCGAACAAGGAAAUGAUUGUGAAGUAAAAACGAAAAACAACACAUCAGUGUUUUAAUCGUAACGUGGAAUGGCUCAGCUAGUGGGGUUGGGAAUCCUAGCACUCGUUGUCAGUUGACGGUUGAAAGGGGCUGCAACAGCAAUUGGACGCAAUCUAGCUACCAGUGCUAAAUUAGCUAACAUUAGGUGAAAGUCAAAGGCAAGGAAUUAGCUCGCUGGCUAGGUGACAACACAUUCCAGUUCACAUAACGUCAAUGCCAACAUGGCAGGGGGCAACAACAACGGCCAAGGGACAGGAGUCGGAGAGGAGAAGACGGCUUCUCCUAGACAGAGUGAAGUGAACAGAAAGCUGAAAUACAUCAGUUUGGCCAUCCUUGUUGUCCAGAAUGCCUCUCUCAUCCUCAGCAUUCGCUAUGUCCGUACGCUGCCCGGUGAUCGUUUCUUCACCACCUCUGCAGUGGUUAUGGCAGAGGUGCUCAAAGUACUUACCUGCCUUCUCAUCAUUUUAUUCCAGAGAAAAGGAAACCUAAAGGAGUUUAUUGUAUUGCACUACAACUCCAUUGUCAUCCAAUACAAGGACACGCUUAAACUGGCUGUCCCAGCCCUCAUCUAUACCUUGCAGAACAACCUCCAGUAUGUGGCUAUAUCCAAUUUACCAGCAGCUACUUUCCAGGUGACCUACCAGCUGAAAAUUCUGACCACAGCCCUUUUCUCUGUGCUGAUGCUGCGGAAGAGCCUAUCACGGAUUCAGUGGCUGUCCCUGCUCCUGCUGUUCGCUGGGGUUGCUAUUGUACAACUGGAGCAGGAAGGAAAACGGAAGGAGACUACAGUCACUGGACCGAGCCAGAACUAUGCCAAAGGACUGGUGGCAGUGAUAGUGUCCUGCCUCUCCUCUGGCUUUGCUGGAGUGUACUUUGAGAAAAUCCUUAAGGGCAGCUCAGCCUCUGUGUGGAUGAGGAACAUCCAGCUGGGCAUAUUUGGCACUCUACUAGGCCUGCUGGGGAUGUGGUGGAACGAUGGCCUUGCCAUUGCAGAGAAGGGCUUCCUGUUUGGGUACACACCCAUGGUGUGGGGCGUCAUCUUUAACCAGGCUUUUGGGGGUUUACUGGUGGCGGUGGUAGUGAAGUACGCAGACAACAUCCUGAAGGGGUUCGCCACUUCCUUUUCCAUCAUCGUCUCCACUGUAGUCUCUGUCUACCUCUUUGGGUUCCACGUGGACCUCCUCUUCACUCUGGGUGCUGGUCUGGUCAUUGGAGCCGUCUAUAUGUAUAGUCUGCCCAAAGCAGCUGCUCCCUCCCCGUCUACUGCUACCCUCUCCUCUUCCAGCCACAGUCUCGCCGACGGCGCUGGAGACUCAGAGACGGAAGCUUUCCUCCCAAAAUAUCAACUGGAGUUGAUGGAAUGUUUUAAUGUUUUUUGUCAAAGUGGAAAGUGUUUGUCUCUGAGCAAAAAACACAGAGUAAACUGGACAAGUAUCAAAUGGUAAAGCAUUAGUUGUGGGUGUUUUUUUUUACACUCAAGUCUGCUUUAUUAUCAUAUUAAAUGAAGGAGCUUUUCUCUUUAAAUCGAAGUUAAAUCCCAAUGUUACCAGAGAAUAUUGAACAUACUUGCUUAGAUUUUGCAAGAAUGGUUUCUUUAAAAUCAUCAAGCUGACAAGGACAAUAUACUGUAUUUUUAGGCAGCUAAAAUCAUUUUUGUCAUGAAUUGGUUUAUUUAGUUUUUGUUUACUUUUGGGCUGUUGGUGUUGGAUUGGGUUAGAAAUUCAGAUACAGCUGCUCAUAGUCUUUUGACCUACAGCCAAUUCAUAUAAUUUAAAAUGCAUAAAUAAGUAGGCCUGUAUAUAGAAUUAUAUCUUAAGUCUGGGUUAGUAUCAUUGACAUUAAACAAAUGAAUUGAUAGACUUAUUAAAGGCAGUUUGAAAAUGCUUUACAAUUGGAAUUCAUAAGGCAGGUGAUAUUUCUCACAAUUUGUCUGUGGUCAUUUUUCAGUGUGAAAUAUCAGGAAAAAAACUAAUUGAUACAGUUUAGAUCAAGAAAAGUAUUUAUCUGAAAUUUAAGACUAUGUUCAUGACUUAGCUAUUUCUGUACACUCAGCAAAAGCAUACUUUAUUUAGUCAUCAACAUUUUACUACAGUAUCCACAUGCCUUUUGGCCUCUAUGAGAAAUGACCUGACCACCAUAUGCUGGAAUAAUUAUUGGACACUUACGUGUUACCUAUUUAAGUUAUCUAAGAAAUAGUAUCUGGUCUCAGUAUGAUGAGGUUAUCGUUGUGUUCCUCCUCAGAAAGACUAUUAGCAGCUGUUCAAUAUGGGAUGAAUUUGUCUGCGUUCAUUGCCUUCAAUGUUGAUACAGAGUCACUGGCCUCCACUUGGUGUCUUAUUGUCCCACAUCACUGUUCAGCGUUGGAUGCAUUUAUAUCUGUGUGAUAUGAAAUGAACGUAUGAAGAAAAAGAUAGUUAUCAUGGUUAGUUUGCACUUUUUACGAAUGCCUCUUUGUACAUACUUCUUUUAGUAAAACUUUUAUAAAACGGGA